AUGAGCGCUAAAGAUGACGAUAGUGGCCGAAGGAUUAUGCAGAUCCUUGAGCAAAAUCCCACUAAGAACCCCUCCGACUACAGCGAUCAAGACAUUGACCUCAUGCGUCGUGUGGUCUCCUACUGCAAGCGCCAUUUAGCGCAAGAGGAGCGAUCCAAGCAGGACACGAGUAGUAAGAGUUACCGCUCACUCAAGAACUGGGGUCAUGAUUCACUCAAAGAGUAG